AUGUUAACCCAACUGAAUAGUAUAAAUAAAGUGAAAAAACGAUUAGAAACUGAUGGUCUCACACAUCAUUCAAAGUGGAAGGACUGCAAUGCUCAGUAUCAAUCAUUCCCGCAACUCGAUGAGCAGGAUCUUUGUGAUAUAACGUUCGGUGAGCUUUUGAGAUAACUAUUCAUUUGUUAGAGUUAAAAAAUUGUCUCUUUCCAGGUGUGUUUCAAGUAAAAUUAGCACCAUCAUAUGUACGAGAACAUUUAAUACCAUCAAAAACGUUUUCUCAAGAUUAUGAAUUCAUCAUACAACGAGCUGAAAAUGUUAAAGACUUGGUCAAAGUUAAAUAUCAAUCUCGGCAUGGGAAUAGUGAAACAUAUAAUACGUACAUUGAAUACAGUAACCAUGCGCCAAAUCCGAUUUCUGGGUG